AUGGGUAAAAGGUAUCACUGUGAAUAUUGUAACCGAUCCUUCGCUGAUACUCUGCAUACGAGAAAAAAUCAUAUCAAUGGCGUGCAACACAAGCGAAAUCGUAAGCUUCACUAUGAUUCAUUCAAAGGUAGGAAAAAGCGAUAUGUCACUUGUUUACUUCCAAUCCAUGUAGACUGUUUUUUGCUCAUCAUGAAUUUUGUCCACUUUCAUGUAGAUCCUGCAGUUCUCUUGGCUGAGGAAACAAGUAAACCACCCUGUCGGAAAUUUUUUGCUACUGGUGAGCUAGUUAUAUGUCUGUGGGAUUAAGAUCACAAUGAAAGGCAAGGAUUUGAUCAGUUCUUGCUUCGUUUGAAGCAAGAACCAAACAAGAGGGGUUUACUCGGGUGAAUAAGAGGAAUAGGAUAUCUGGACCAUUGUUAAGGUUUAACCCUUAAACUCCCUAGAUCUGAUUGUUAAUUCUCCCCUCUAGCUGCUACACAUUUCCUUGUAAAUUAUUUACAAGAAUUAGGUGUUACAUCAAGAUGACAACUUCUACCUAAUAAGUUUGAGUAUCCUCAUUACCUGUUUGCUGGUUAAUGUAAAGAUAUUAUUGGUAGAAGUUGUAUAUUGAUCACUAGUGGGAGUUAAAGGGUUAAGACAAGACAUGAUGCAGAAGUGUAUAUUAAACAGUAAAGUUGAAUGAAAUGCAGUGCAGCUCAAAGAUAAGGGGACCAAAAUAUACCUGUCAGACUCAUAUAAUAUAUAGAUUUAGCCAAGCCUAAAAGUGGAGCUUGCAUUUUUUUUUCCUGCACAUCUCAAGGGCACAACGCUUUGCCCUGGCCAGGACUAGAACCCGGGUCGUCCAACUCGAAGCCCAGUGCACUGACCACUGGACUACUGAACAAAGCCAUGGCGUUGGUGUGCCCGUGGUACAGUUGACCACGCAUGUUAAAAGUAGCACCUUGUGCAGUCAUACAGUUGUACGUACAUCCAAAUUUUUUUGGCUUGAUGGGUUACUACUACUUUGUAUAAUUAUGGGGCUGCGCUCUGCAAGCUCCACUAUAAUGAGUCUAACAUUAGAUGCUGAUAUUUUGAGCAUCAUCCCUUUGUCAUUUGCUCUGAUGAAGGGCCAAUAUUCAAAAUGUCAGCUUUAAAAUCUUUAGGGUGGCCAAUUUACAUUAUCAACAAAGUUAAUAUUACUAAAUGAUCCUAAUAUACUCUCCUACCAAUGCAGCACAACAGUUUCUUUAGAAACUUACCCCCCUUUAUAACAUGUGUCUGCCUAAUUUAAAUGUAGGAGGAAGCUGAUUUUUUUCUUUAUUGUGGAAUGGUCAUUGUACAUUUGCUUUAAGAACUGGUGGUUGAAUUGCACAGAAUGUCUGUACAUGUAACAAGAGUAGUCCAUGUUACUAAAAACUUCAUAAAUUGAUUAUUUAUUACUGAACUUUACAACAUAAUGUAAUUAAUUUACUUCUGUAGGAACAUGUGGAUUUGGUGCUAAUUGCUGGUAUUCUCAUACAAGCCCACAGAUGUUGUUAGCAACUCAAGAAGCAAGUAAGGAUAAAGUUAUUCAUACAUUUUAUACCUAGAUUAGGGCUGUAGACAGGUUUUAAACAAGCAGGCGCAAAAAUGUAUAUUAUCAUUUGAUGUAAUUUUCAUUCUGUUUAAUUUGGGUUCAAGUAAUAGUCUGUUUGUGUUUAACCCUUUUAUGUGAAUAAAAUCUAAUUUCUCCUUGCAAUAUCUCUUCUGAAUCAUACAUGAAGGUCUCAAGAAUGAAGGAAAUGAUCACCAACUAAAGAAGCUCUUGAUUGAUAACCAAAUUCUCCUAGUUAGCACCUUAAGAAAUGUAUGAUGAACAGUAUGGAGAAUAUUCAUACUGAUAUUAUGGUGUAAAGGGUUAAAACUUCUUAAUCAUGCUUUGUUACAAAUGUAACAAUGUAUCUGGAGGUUUCAUCCCAUUGCAAGUUUGUCCCUUUCCAUCUUUGCAAGUUCAUUCCCUGAAGUAUGUGAAGUUGCUCCCACCUUUUUCAGUUGGCCCUCAAAUGUUUUACUGUGUUCCCAAUAGCAGAACAGUUCCUUUUCUUUUGGUAUCUCGAUGGGAGACUGUUUAAAUUCAAAUAUGGAUGGAAUUGUGCUUUUUGUGGUUUGUUGCCAAGAAUUUGUUCUCAUGGUGGUGACAUUUAGGGAUCAUUUGGGAUUUAGUUGUUUGGUAGGUUGACAUUGCAUGUGCUCAACAGGCAAGUCUCUCUGAGGGAUGGGCUUCCUUUUUAGGACCUUUGAUGAUAGACUUUUGACUUUUCCACUUUCGCCUUACAUAUAGUUACCUAAGAAUUUGUGUAUUUGAGUAGCUUUUUUUUGAAGUUGCAUUUACUAGGCAGAAUAUUUGUUUAUUAGGCUUAGGUAGAAAAACACCAGACCAGUCACAGGCAGGUCAACCUCAGGCAACACUUAAAGAGUGGCUGGAGAAGUACAACAAAAAGCAAAAAAAGGUUGAAUGUAAAGAUGCACCAGGGAAAUCUGCUUCACAGUCAAGUUACACCUUACCACCAGGUCUUCCUCCUCUACAGCUACUGCCUCCUUCAUUGUUACCACCACCUCCUGGAGGGUACCCUGAACUCCCAAGAGAAGAGUGGGGUUAAUUGUUGCUUGACAUAUGGGAUUUUUCAUGCUUGGGUACCUCAAUCAAACCGCUGCUGUCAUCUUUUGAUCACCCCCAUUAUCAUUCGAGAGGUCUAUGAUAUUCAAAGGUUGAGUACAUUUACACAGAGGGCUACUUGCAUCCAUAAUCAUUGUCAUUAUCCAUCAGUGACGCACUCAGCUGUGCCUCGUGUGUCACUUUUUUGUUCUUUCCACAUCUUGAUGUCAUCUGUGAUCUAUUACUGAACAGACACACGGCAACUUUGAAUCUAUUUGUUAAAUAGAUUAAGAUCCUCUUUAUAUUCACUGAUCAGUUGUGUGAGUUCAGAUGAUGUUUAGGUACGUAUAAGACAAUGUUCAUUGGGAAAAAGGAAGGAAGAACCUUGAAGAAAACAUAAGAGUUCAUUUUGUAUUGAUAUGAUGAUCAUGAAUCAAGAAGCUAGCCUGCAAUAAGACUGUGGCUGAUGUAAAUGAGAACUUCUUACAAUAUUUUAAGUAAGACCAGUUGGAGCAAUCAUUAAAUUUAUGUCUCAAUGAAUCAAAUGAAG